AUGGGUUUGUCUACAUAUACCCCUGCUGUUGCAAUUCAGACCUCAAACGCUUCAGAUCACCAGGCUACAUCCCCACCUUCAGGAUGUCCAAUGCAUGAAGGGAAAACGAAAGGUUGUCCAGUGAGUGCAGAACCAUCUGACUCAGCCUGUGAGAGCAAAACCAACUCUGUGUCUGCCCACCAAGACCGAGCCUAUGAGUAUGUGGAGUGCCCUGUUACGGGUGCUGUGGCUGAGAAUAAGAACAUAGAUCCUUCUAAUCUGAUGUCACCACCUAAUCAGACAUCGGCCCCUGAUCAGCCAUUCACAUUCUCUACUGUGAGGGAGGAGUUAUCCAUUCCGAGAGCUGAUUCGGAAAAAAAGUGGGUUUAUCCUUCCGAACAGAUAUUCUGGAAUGCUAUGUUAAAGAAAGGGUGGAAGUGGAAGGACGAUGACAUCAGUCAGAAAGACAUGUAUAAUAUCAUUAGAAUCCACAAUCAGAACAACGAGCAGGCUUGCAAGGAGAUUUUGAAGUGGGAAGCUCUUCAUGCUGCAGAGUGUUCUUGUGGUCCCUCGUUGAUCCGGUUCAGAGGGAAGGCCAAAGAGUACUCACCGCGGGCAAAAAUCCGCUCCUGGAUGGGGUAUGAGAUGCCUUUCGACAGGCACGACUGGAUCAUCAACCGCUGUGGGACGGAAGUCAGAUACAUCAUUGACUACUACGACGGUGGCGAAGUCAAACAGGACUACCAGUUCACCAUCCUGGAUGUCUGGCCCGCUUUGGAUUCGCUUUCAGCGGUGUGGGACAGAAUGAAGGUUGCCUGGUGGCGCUGGACCUCGUAA